CAAAAUCGUAAUACGACGACAACAACAACAACAACAACAAUAAAUUGUUGUAUCUAACAAAUUUCCGACUACAACUGAUAAAGUCCAUUAUCUCUCCACGGUAAAUGAUACGAGUUCGUAAACAAUGAUAAGACGACAGGCCGGGUCGCUGGGUGGCAUAUUAGCACUGUUCACGAUACAGCAAAGUUCGAGCGUGAUCUUUGAAUCCUGUACUGCUUUUGUGUAGACAAUUGUGAAUUAUAAUAAUAUUUUAGACAUUUGCAUUUCAAACACAUGGUCUGCAAUUAGUUCUUCUCGUACAUUUCGUCAGCGUGCGGAAACUGCAAUCACGCCUCUGCACCAUGGACGGCAUCGUGGAACAGGUCUACGCGGAACCAACCGUACCACCAGUUAUCGCUAUUACAGAAGUGGGUUAUCUGAAUUCAUCAACAUUUUUAGAUUGUGGCAUGGCAAUUGAGAAUACAUCUAAUAGACCUGUAUUAAAAAUAUUCAACCAACACGGCGGUACAGUCGAAGAAGAAGAUCCUAGUAGAAAGGAAACCGGAAAAAAAUACUUAAUUUUGAGGAAUAAAAAAACAAAUAAGGUUUCAGUUUAUGGUACCAAAGUGACUUAUCUUAAAAAACCAGACUACUUUAAAAUGAAAACGUUUGAAGACCAGUCAUUGACUGAUAAAAAUGAAGAAUUUAACUCAGUAUUUGGAACUAAAAAGUCAUCACGUAUUUCAAAGUCUAGAGUUAACAAUACUGUUAAUGUUCCAACAGACGUCUUCGAUAAUAUUUCUUGUUCUUCUGAUGUAUUGCAAUCAUCAUUUUCUCAGGCUAGUGAAUAUAUAGUAUAUUUACCACUGGGAUGUAACCGUUUCUCUAAUAAAUUGGAAACAGUUUAUCCAGUUAGUACAUUGCUACUUGAAAAUGAAAUAGAUUUAAUGUCCGAUUAUGCAAAAGAAGUGAUAAGCAUGUUACCGAUUUCUUCUGACAAUGAAGAUUUAUCAACAUUUUUCGUAACAAAUUUGAACAAACUAUCUCAUAAAACGAUUCAAAAUAUCUGCCUACUUACCUUUGCUGAUGGACUGAUUGAAUUGUUGAAAUUAAAAUCGCAUGAAUUAAAUUUUAGAAACAUUGAAAUUUACCCAAAUUCUGAAGUAAUAAAUUUUAAGGUGUUGGAUAAUUUUGUUGAAUACACUGUAACUGGACGAGAUUUAACAUCUAAGAUGAAGGAUAAAGCUGUAUGUCAUAUAAUUAUAAUUAUGAUGUUAAUCAACAUGUAUACAUUUGACUUAAAUUGUAUAUCUUCAUUUCUUCCAUCAAGUAGUCAAAAGAGAUUGACAUUGCUGAUGAAGGUAGUAGGGGCAUCACUAUUGAAAGAUGAUCCAACCAAGUACACAAUGAAAAUGCCAUUAGCAAGCCUACCUGCAUUUCAAAAACUAUCAAAAAAAAGGCAUUAAUUACCAACUAAAUUUGACUUAUUAUUGGUAUAUUUACUUAGUUAUUGGCAAGUGUUAAUUGUGUAAAAGUGUCUUUUUAAUAAAAAAACUUUUUAUUGAAUUUAUCAUCAAGAUUUUACCAUAUCAUAUUAUUCAAUCUAUCAAACAUAAUUUAUAAACAAAUUAAUAUGUAUAUAAUAUAUACCUAUAUACAAAAAAAUCAGUUCCCUAAUCAUAUACUUAAAUGCAGUGGCAUGGCAAACAGUAAUUUCAGAGGCUUUGGCCUCUGAAAUUUUUCUUAAAUUGAGGAGUGGGUGGUAGCUAGUGGGUCCCCUAGAAAAUUUAAUUUGAUAUUCUCAAUAGGUAGUCAAUAACGAUCUGAAAUAUAACUUGUUAUAUUACAUUAAUACAUUAUCAUGCAUAAAUACUUGGGAUAAUUGUAACUGGCCUCUGGAAAAUUUUUAGUUCGCCACGCCACUGCUUUAAUGGGUAUAACUAUAGUAUAAGGAAUAAGUAUGAUCAUGAUCCGUGGUCUUGUAUUUUUGUGCAUAUUUCAUUGCGUGAGAUGAUAUAUAAUAUAUAUGUGAUGUCAGAUUGAGUUUAUUAUUUGUUCCAUUUAAUGCCCCAUAAAAAAAAAGCACUUUGUGAAUAUUUGUUUUGUAUCAUUGAGCAUACAUCAUAGUAUUCCUUAUACUAUAGUUUUGUCAAUAACUAAUAAUUUUCAGUGAUUCGUAUUAAAAACAGAUUUCCAAAUACAGAAUCAGUUUGGUAUAACCAUUGUUUUUAAAAUACACAGAUAAGCCAUACUAUAUGAGUUUUUAGUGACUAAAAAUAUGCUGUCAGCCGCUAGUUUUGCUGUAUCUGUUUACAUUGAGCUUAAUGCAAAUGGAUACAUCAAACCUAGCUGCUGAUAGGAUUUUUUUAGUUACCAAAAACUCCUAUGCUAUGGCUUAUCUGUGUAUUUAUGAUGGCUUUAAAACUGAUUGAAUAUAAGAGACAAUUGACACUGUAAACUAAAUAAAUUUAACAAGUAGUUAGUCAGUUAAUUAAUAUGAUAAGUAAACAAUUGGUUAAUAUUUUCAAUUUGUUUUAUUUUAAGGUGUAAAAGGUAAAUAAUUCUAAUUUGAAUGUUGAUUUUGUUAAACAUUCAUUAUUAUUUAUUAUAAUUUAAUAAUGACUGAAUAUAUUAAUAGGUAUAUUAUUAUUGUAUUCACGGGCGCAUCAUUUAAGAAGGUAGGGGGAGCAAAGGCCUAUUAUAGGAAUAAAUUAUGACAUUAUUUUGAAACUUACAUUUUUUUGUGUAAAUAAUAAAUAUUAAAAUAUACUUGA